AUGGAAGGGAAGUUCAGUCGCUUGGAGCACGUGGCACAGGUCAUGGAAGAAAAGCUCAGUCGCUCGAACCACGUGACACAGGUCAUGGAAGAGAAGCUCAGUCGCUUGGAGCACGUGACACAGGCCAUGGAAGAGAAGUUCAGUCGCUUGGAGCACCGUGCCGUGGCCGCCAGCGGCUGGGCGGUGGCCUUCAGCACGUACUCGGUGUCGGCCGUGCUGGCGCUGCUCACCACCUGCAUCGCGGUGGCGUUCACGGUGGUGGCGGCCGCCUGCUGCGUCCUGCUGCUCCGGGUCCACAAGAUCUACCGCACCACGGGCGCCAGCAUCAGCAAGGCUCAGCAAGAGUUCGCCACUGGCGUCAUGCGCAACGAGACGGUCCAGAGCGCCACGGCCGACUUCGCUUCCAACGCCGUGCGUAGCCAGAUGGCCCAGGGCGGCGCCGGCGACCGCCGCUUCUAAGCGGCGCCGCGCAGGUGGCAGCACCAUCGCGCCGCCAGACGGCAGCACUCGCCCGGCGGCGCCGUGGCCGCCGGAUAACGGCUGAUGUGAAGACAGGAGAGAGCGCGCGCGAGGCGCUCGGAUCGUGAUCGCCUCGGCGCGAGAUCAUGGAGCUUGGUCUGCGUCCCAGUGGGUACCGUUGGCGAAGACGUCGAGAUGCGUGAAGACGCCGUCCCGCAGCGGCAGAGCGCAUCCUUGGCGGCGCCUCCCGCUCCGGGCACGGGCCCGCGCGGCCGCUCGAAAUCCGAGGGCUGCCGCGCCCGGUGUUGAUUCACCAGGUGAUGGGCGGGCCUGGCCGCUGGCUGGGCCGGCACGCCGCCGCAGCUGGCCGCCCGUCGGAGCCCGCUCUGCCGGGCCUGACCGGCCUGUUGUGCCCGGCCCGGCAGGGUGGCGGCCAGUGGCGCCCCUCGCACUGUCUGUGUGCCGCACCGACGGCAGCCGAGCUGGCUGCGCGCGCUCCACGGACCCCCGUGUGGCUGCUGUCUCUCUCGACUCUACCAGUAUAUCCAACUUACAGCGUAGACGCAUGUAACAGAACAUACUGUGUGGCUGCUUCUUUGACGUAGGCAAAUUGCAGGACUUUGCUUUCGGUUAGGAGAGGGCCUCGUUGUACAUACCCGUGCCACACGAGAUGCAGUUACUUGCUUUUAUUUUGGGAACUUGAUUUGGGGUCACGCCGUCGGUGUGCUUACUGUUCGCGUCCGAAGUCGGACCCCCGGGCGGGCGUCAGGUGUGCGCUUGGUCGUUGGCGUGUUGCGUGUGUUGGCGGGCAUAUUUAUGUCUACGGUAUCUAAUAUAUUGUAUUAUUAUUCCGUUCUGGAUGUGCAUUUAGUUGCGAUGGUGAUCUGUGUGAAUAGUCUCAGCUGUGAUCGGGCGGGCCGCUCUGGAAAGGGACAUCUCUACCUGUAAAAAGGCUUACCUAUGUCUAAUAAACGCGAUUCCUUCCUUCUGUG